AUGACCUCUCAAAUGUACCUGCCUAUAGCGAUUCUAUUCAAUCUUGGUGCUGUCUCUGAGCUUAAUACAACCCCUGAAGAGUUGGCUUCUGCUAUAGCCUCCCUUGGGUCGGACAAGGUGACAUUGGACCCUACCAAGACUCUUAUUAAGCCUUGCUUACCGGAACUACAACAAAGGACUACUCUGAUUGUCAGAGACGUCGAUUCGAAGUCCCUAUCAAUAGAGGACUUUAAGGCUGAGGUAUUGAAGGAUGCUCCGUGUGAUAAGGAUGCUAUACUUGAUAUCCGUCCUGAUGUUAACGACCAUUGGUAUGUCCGAUUCACUACAGAGGAUGCGUGUGAGGAUGUCGCAUUAUGGUUAAGGAAUAAGAAGUAUAAUGACAAGCCGAUACAUACAGCUGUUAAGGCUGAGCAUUUCAUGCUUACACUCUUCCCUAACCUUGACAAGACCCCUGUGGCUCGUACCCCUACGAGUGCUCUAGGGUAUGGCAAACCGCAAAGUGUCCAGCAGAGUUACAACCCUUAUUCCGGUGUGGACGAGUUUGGUUAUUACCACACCAAAGGGAAAGGGAAGGGAAAAGGUAAGGGCAAGGGCAAAGGGAAAGGUGGUAGGCGUAUGAAUGGUCCAGUGGAACAGUACGGCAGUAGAAUUUCCGUGGUUGAGGUGGACUCGGCAGUGGUCUCUUAUGGUUUGAAGUAUCCCCCGCAGGCGGCUCCUAGUGGUGGUAUGUCGGCGGUCGAGAUGGACUCUGCUAUUGUAUCGUACAGUCUGAGCACGCCUACUCCUACUCCUCCUGCUACUGCCGAGCGUAAGAGCUCGGCAGCUGGCCCCAUUAGCAUGCCCGAAUCGGAGAAGGAAAUCAAGGAAAAGUACCCUGAUAUCACUGGUGAUGAAACUAAAUACAGCUACGAGUAUCGUAAGUAUUCCCGUAAAGAGAUAGAGGCGAUCUGUGAUAAGAUGCCGGCAGCCGCCCUGUACAUGCCCGAUGGUAUGGUGAAGAUUGAACGACAGCUUGGGGAAGGUGUCUUCCGUAAGACCCCAUAUAGGGAAUGGUUACGUCAACAGCCGAGUAAGAAGGCAACAGCAGUUACGACGAGCAGUAAAGAGGGGAAGGCCGCCGCUGAUGUGGUCACGACGACAGUAGCGGCAUGA